AUGAAUCCUGCAUCCAUAGCUUCCACGGACAUGGGGCUGCUGCUGCAAGAUGAUGUUUUUGUUGACUUUUUCAACAUCUUUCUGAGCCUUCCUAUUUUUGGGCAGACACCCCUUUACAUCAGUGGCAUGGGCCGGUGGUGCCUGUGGCCAGAGCCGCCGAGCCACCUGUCUCCUUGGGCAGCGCAGGAUGCCAGCCCCGCGGCUUUGCUGGCUUGGUUGGAAAAGCAGCGUCUGCCUCACUUCUGCAAAUCCAGCCUGUGCCUGCACCUCGUCCUCUGCCAGAGGCUGCUGGCUUUCAUUCGCUCGGGGGAAGCAGGGGAAGAACUGAUGGACUUCUGGCUCAUCACUGAGAGGCUCCUGGGUCUGGAUGAGUCGGAUGGGAGUCAGAGGGAGCUGUUCUUGUCCCUGGAGCACAGGCUGAGAGCCACUCAUCUGCGUGAAGGCUCCAGCGUCCUCACCUUCUGCACCACCAUCGUGGGUAAGAGACAUGGGAGUUGGGAUGAGCACCACCCUUCCAGAGAAGGGAUCUUUCCUGGCUGCUCCCAGGGGGAUGGGAUGCCAUCCUCUCCCUGGGGAACAGCCUGCAUGGAGCCAUCUCCCUGUUGUAAUUCCCUGCAUCCAUCUCAGGGCCUCUUCCAAAAGAAGCACAUCCAGUCUAUCAGCACGAGGAGGGAGAUCCUAAGCAAGAUGCGGGAACAGGUCCUGUUCAUGAUUCAGAGUUACUGGCUCCCUAAAUUCCUCGAGCACUGCAAGAUGGGGAUGGAGGAAGAGGAAUUGUGCCGGCCUUUGCUGCAGGAAUAUCAGAAACGUUUGUCACAGGCUGGCUGGCAGCCCCCAGGCCUUGCAGAUCCCGUCCCCACCAUGCACAUCAAAAGGAGCCAGGGUGUGCCAGGGCCCUACUGCAGCCAGAAGGCCAAAGCAGAGGUCUGGGCUAUGGUCAAGGAAGGGAGAGACAGCCAAGAAUUGAAAAUGGCCACUUUUCAGGUGAAAGCAGAGAAGCAGCCAGGGCCAGCUGGGAGCAGGGAGGAAUUGUGGCUGGAUAAGAAUGCUGUGGGAUCAACUCCCCAGCAGUCACAGCAUCCUGCCUUUGGAGGCAGAGGAAGAGCAGCAUUUCCUGGCAGACCUCAGUCCAGUGCAAAGCAGGAUCUACAAAACCUCUGUAAGGUGAAAAUGCUCCCUGACCUGCUUCCCUCUGCAUCCCUUGCCCGGCUGCCAUCCCUGAAAAAGCCAAUCAAGACCCUGGAUUUCCUUCCCUGGGCCCUGAGUGCCGAGGCUUGUGCUGGAAGACCCUUCAGAGAUUUCCUGCAGCAUCAGAACAGGCCCAUGGAGGCUCUUCUCCUGGACCUGUGGCACGACCUGGAGGAGUUUCUGCCCGUGGUUCUGGACUCCGGCAGAGAAAACAGCUUCUCCCUGCGCCAUCUGAUUGGGGAGAAGAUCUGCAAGACCUACCUGGAGGACAGCAGCAUUGAGAAGCUGCCCUUGGAGACCAGGACCCUCGUGAGUUUGUGGAACCGUCUGACAUAUGGAGAAUUCUCCCCCUGGAUAUUCAGAGCCCAGAAGGAGAUUUGCAAGGUGCUCUGUGGCCUCUAUGAGGAAUUUCUGGCUGCUGACGACAGGACAUUCCUCCAGUUUAUGCACAAAAGUUCAAACCUGAGGCAUUCUGGGCCCAGUGAUGGAGAUGGGCAAGGUGCUCUGUGCCGUCACCCUGCCCUGUUCUCACCACAGGCUCCAGGCAUGGAUGUCCCCAUGGCCAAGGUGCCAGGCCGUGCUGCUGGCAGAUGGGGACAUUUCCACCUGUCCCAGAGGAUGAACCAGGCCCUGCAGCUGAGCCAGGCCCUGCAUGGCACGAGGAGCUUGGAGGAGGUCUCCUCCAAGCACUGGCAAUUGCUUGCUGCUCGGGACCUGCAGAAAGGGGGCUCCAUCCAGGCAGAGAUGGAGCUGCUCCUGGGCAGCCAUGAAUCCCAGAGGAUGAUAGCAGAUGAGCUGGCUGUGAGCAGCCCCAGCAGGGAAGAGGAGCUCCUGCAGCUCACGAAGGCAGCACUCGGCUGGAGGAGGAGGACAGAGAAGGAGAAAAAACAGAAGCAGAGGAGGAAGGAUCAGCAGCAGGAGCAGCAGCAGGAUUUGUUGCCCUGGAACAAAAAGCCCAGGUCGAGGCGUCCUCGGUUUGUGCAGGAUGGGACAGGGGACCUCAAGACACCAAGGAUGGCAUGGGCCUGGGCUGCCAUCCGGGAGCUUGUCAGGAGCUUCUGCAAGUUCAGGAGGGACAUGAAGAAUCAAACACGCUGCGCAGAAUUUCAGGAUUUUCUCCGUCAGGAGCGAAGAAACAAGAGGGAAAGUAUGUCCGGUGUCCCUCCACCCCUGCUCCUCCCUCCCCUGGGUUUAGGUAGAGAAGAAAUUGGAGAAAAUCUGUUCCUUACCUUCCACCACCGUCACUUAGUGCCCUGUUAUGCUGUUGCAUCUCUCUCAAGUAAUGUUGUAUAUGCAAGUUUGCAUCCCUGCCUGAAAAAAAAAGCCAAAAACAACCCAAACCAGGAAACAGUAAAUGGAGCUAAGGUGAGACAGGAGGAGGGAAGGAGAUCACCAGGCCAGAGGGAAGGUGUAGCUCACAGGGGUAGAAAGGGCCCCAGGAAAUUGCAUGCAGCUAAGGGAAGCCCAGAUAGGGUGAAGGAGCAAACCCAGUGCUGGGCAGCAGCACACAGCAUCUUUUCCCCUGACUCAGACUUGCCUGUCAAGGAGAAGAAGAGCAAAGGUCCUGCCAAGAGUCCUGCCAAGAGCCCCCGCAAGGGCAAGGGCAAGGGCAAGGGCCAGCAGCAGCAGGUGACGCUGAUCAAACGCCGCAUUUUGGACAAACAGAUCAUCAUUGUCAACUUCCUCGUGGAUGACCUCCGCUUUUACCUGGAGAUGGACAGGUUUUCCAAGCUGGCUGAUGGCAUGGAAGAUGCAGACCCCCAGAACACAGAGUCAGGAAACUACAGUUCCUUUCUCAAGAAGAAACUUGAGAUCAUCAGCAAACUUUUCCUGAACUCUGACAUUCCCCCCAAGCUGAGGGUGAACAUCUCUCAGAAAGAGAGGGAUUUCAUCUGGCGUUCAUCCUCCAAGGGGCCGCUGACCCGGGCCAUCUACCACAACGCCAAGGUCACCCUCUUCCCCAUCCUGAUGUUCUUCUGGAGAAGGUUCUGCACCUGGAAGGUGAUGAGGACCUUUCAGGCCUACCAAGGGCUCAGCAGGUUUGGGACCCCUGAGGAGGAGGAGGAGGAGGAGAACUCUGAGCUCCCUGAUGAGGGGGACAGGAGCUCUCAGGAGCCCAAGGGAGGCAGGAGCUCCAAGGCCCAGCAGCAGGAGAGGAGCUCCAAGGCCCAGCAGCAGGAGAGGAGCUCCAAGGCCCAACAGCAGGACAGGAGCUCCAAGGCCCAGCAGCAGGACAGGAGCUCUCAGGAGCCCAAGGGAGGCAGGAGCUCCAAGGUCCAACAGGAGAAGAGCUCUCAGGAGCCCAAGGGAGGCAGGAGCUCCAAGGUCCAACAGGAGAAGAGCUCUCAGGAGCCCAAGGGAGGCAGGAGCUCCCGUGGCCGCAAGGAGGGCAAGGUUCCAGCCUCUGCACCUGCAAAAAGCCCCUCCAAAGCAGCCAAGAGCCCUGGCCCCAAGAAGCUGGAGGUCAUUGCCUCUACUACACAACAUGCUCCAGGUAAAAAGGCUCUCCUUUCCUACAACAUGUCAGAUGGCCUUGGGCUCCUGCUACCACGGCCCCCAAAGAAAACUGAGCCUCCAGAGGAGCAAAAAGCUGCAGAUGCCAGUGGGGAGAAGAGGCCCUCGCUCACUGAGCCCGCCCUGCAGGCUGGGCCCUAAGGGAAGCUCAGCCCUCCCAAAACAACACCCACACAGAUGUGAUCCAAGGAAGCUGAGCAGCCUGGACACAGGGAAUUGUUUGCACCCAGCAAGAAGAAACCUAAAAAUAAAGCAACUGACAGCAUCCUCCCGCUUACCUGGUGGCAGCACAGCAGCUCACAGCCCUGGCAGGGAGGUGCUGUGACACAUGUUUGCAGCUGGAACACCACACAAAUCUCCCUCCUCACGUGGAUCUGGGAAAUGCACCUCAGCUCCUCACCUUCCCACACAAGUGAAAUACUUCCUGUGGGCAGCAAAGCUGAGAGAGCCCAUUUGGUUCACUUAGCUGGGUGCUGAGAUGGGGCCUGCUUUGCAAAAGCCUUUCUGGAUUUCCAGCAAAAAUCAGCUCCUGUCUGACUGGGG